AUGGAGAACUCAGCUGACUGGGAGAAGAUGAAUCUGAUAAAUGAGUUAACACAAGGGAGGGAGCUAGCAAAGCAGCUCCAAUUCCAUCUGAAUGUGUCAUAUUCUUCGCAUGAAGCCCGAGAAUUGUUGGUUCACAAGAUCCUGAAUUCAUAUGACAAGGCUCUCUCAAUGCUGAAAUGUGUUGGUGCUUCAAGUGGAGAACCACAACUCACCAUAGGAACUGCGAUUGCAGUGUCGUCCGAGUCCCCUCGUUCCUUCAUUGGAAGUCCACAUAGCGAAGAUUCCGACCGGGAUUCCAAGGAUCAGGAGCACAAAGAUGGGUCAAGGAAGAGAAAGUGUGUACCGCGGUGGACAAAACAAGUGCAAGUUUGUCCAGGAUCAGGACUUGAAGGAACUCUUGAUGAUGGCCAUAGCUGGAGAAAAUAUGGGCAGAAAGACAUUCUUGGAGCCAAAUAUCCAAGAGGCUAUUACAGAUGCUCCCAUCGAAAUGUACAAGGAUGUUUGGCUACCAAGCAAGUGCAAAGAUCUGAUGAAGAUCCAACAAUCUUCGAAAUCAAUUACCGGGGAAGGCACACUUGUACUCCGACGCAGGGUUCCUAUUUAACUCCACCACAAUCAUCAUCGUCACCAUCACCACCCGAUAAUCGAGAACCAAGAAUAAUCGUAGACAGUGAGCAAUUCGCCCCUCUACCGCAACAAAACCAACAAGAAAUACUCUUGAAUUUCCAAACAGGCCUCAAAGUUGUAACUGAGAACUUGAACACUCCUGAUCAAUCAUUUUCUUCUUUCCUCUUCCCUUCAACAUCAAACACUAAGGCCGAAAACUAUGCUUUCUCUUCUGCUAUGAUUGAUAACAGUUUAGUGGGAAAUUAUUCUCCUUCAUUCAUGUCACCUGCAACACCUGGAUCAAACUAUUUCUCGGGUUCACAAACCCAUAUGAACAGCGUUGGACGGAGCCCCAAUUUGUCCACUUCCGAGCCUGAACUCACUGGGAGAGUCUCAGCCGUGACCUCUGCAACCAAUUCUCCUACUGUUGGUAUAGAUUUCCCAUUUGGGCAAAUGGAGUUUGACCCCAACUUCACUUUUGACAACCUAGGAUUCUUUUCCUAAGUUAAGGAAAAAGAUUCAAAAAAUAAAGAUUCGCAUAUAUGAGGUGCACUUAACCAUAUGCACUUGGUGGAUCCUAGUAAUUAGCAAGAGAGAGAAUAGGCGUUGGCGACUGCUGUCAGUGUAAUCGACUUUGUCAUCACUUUUUGACCCAGUUUUGUCAUGUACGUACUAUUGGUACUCUUUUGUGGAAGAGUUAAGGCCAGUAAUUUCUUAAGAGUCU